CUUUCUGGCACUCCCUACUUUCUUCUCCUCUGCACCCUUAUCUCUCUUCCUUUUUCUCUCGCGCUGUGAUUUAUCUCAUGGCCACGAUUCUCAGAGCUCCAUUUUUUCAGGCAACUCCUCCGGCAAAUGUAUCCACCAUUUUCUCUUCCAAAUCCACCCUAAAACUAAAACCCUCAUCUCUUUCCUUCAGAACUUCUCACUCUCCCUUUUGUUGCAUCAAUUCCUCCAAGCUUUCUCGUCCUCGUUCUAUCCGGUUCCCGAAGCUUGGCCCGUUUGCUUCCUCUGGAAAUACGGAAGUUAGCGAGGUCGAAGAGGAAGUUCACGAAUCUGAGGCUGAGGACUCUUCUGUUAGUUAUACUGGUGUGGAAGAUGCUGCAAGUGAUAGUGACAUAAAUGAUGGUGCAGAAGUUAAUGCUGAAGAUUCGCCUCAAUCAGUCAUCCUAGCAGCACUUCAAUCUUAUAAGCAGGCUUUAGCUGAUAACAAUGAAUCUCAAAUAGCUGAAAUAGAAUCUUUUCUGAAGUCAAUUGAAGAUGAAAAGCUUGCAGUCGAAAGGAAAUUGAAAUCCUUAACUGAAGACCUUUCUGUAGAGAAGGAUCGAAUUUUGAGGAUCAGUGCUGACUUCGAAAAUUUUCGGAAGAGAACAGAGAGGGAACGUCUUUCCUUGGUUAAAAAUGCCCAAGGGGAAGUAGUAGAGACUUUAUUGGGUGUGCUAGAUAAUUUUGAGAGAGCUCGGGCACAAAUCAAGGUGGAGACAGAGGGAGAAGAGAAGAUAAAUCAGAGUUACCAGAGCAUUUAUAAGCAGUUCAACGAGAUUUUGGGCUCAUUGGGUGUAGUUCCUGUCGAGACAGUUGGAAAACCUUUUGAUCCACUGCUUCAUGAAGCAAUUAUGAGGGAGGAUUCCACAGAGUUUGAGGAAGGUAUAAUACUCGACGAGUUCCGUAAAGGAUUCUUGCUCGGUGACAGACUCUUGCGACCAUCCAUGGUGAAAGUAUCGGCUGGUCCCGGGCCCGAAAAGCCAGCCGAAGCAGCACCAUCAGAAGAACAUGAUUCAAGUGAGAAUUAUGAAAGAUCCAAUACGGAGUCAUCUUAAAACAGCUUCUUAUCAGGGAAAGGUAGUAGCGGGUCGCGGGUCGGGUCAGUUCAACAGGUGCGGGUAACGGUUCAGGUCAGACACAAGCAUUCGAGUUAGGUCGGACCAGACAAUGUGUGUCCCCACUCGAUGCCUGACGCCGUGCUCCUCUCUACGUGUGACAUUUGUCCACCACACAACCAGUUGUGCUAGUUCGACAAGUGUCUCUUCUUUUCUGUCGGUCUCCCUUUCGUUCUUUUGAUUAUUUUUUAAUUUCUUAAUUUUUUUUUUCUCGAAUCAACUUAAUAAUUAAGAGUUGUAGAGUUUAAAUCCAUCUUUCCUAGAAAAAUAUUUUCACCUUA